AUGGCUCCUAGGUUUAUUGCUUAUGAUCCUUCAAAAAUUAAGAAAGACAAGCGCUCAAGAGAACCAAAGCUCUCAGAAUCAGUUUUCAACCCCAACACCCAAGAAUCCCUCUGCCAAAUGCCAUCACCAGCACAAUCCUACGAUACUCCAGAUGUCCAACUGAGUUCGCUGGCUCCCAUGGCUCCCAGAGCGACAGUUGAUAAUCAAUCCAUACCGUCAAAGGGGGCCACUAUAGCUGGAGACUCUAAAGCUGUGGAUAAAACUACAGAUAUAGAGCCAGAUAUUGCAUCUCAGUCCGUCUGCAAAUCUAGCGUUUUAUACGAGCAAACUGCGGUAAACUAUACCAGAACCAAUCGGAACAGUGAUAAAGCAAUGUAUACCCCUUUGUACAGUCACCCGAAUGAGACAAUAGAUCAGCCAGAAACUUCAAUCGCCGGGACCGAAAAGGGCGAAGUUAUUACUUAUGUAAAAUCUUUGGAAUUUACGCCAACCAAUGGUUUUCAUUCGUCAUCUGCCACUUCUUCUUCUUCGCUCAAUGACAUCGAAUCUCCAAUCCCAGAUAUCAGCAGCUUAAGUAAAGAGGUUCCGGAAACUUUAAGCGGCAGUAAACCACAAGAAAAUACCUCUCAAAGUCGUAUAUUGCAAGAACAAUAUACUGAACAAGAGACUUACGAUGCAAGAAAUAAAUCGACCGAGAAUAUUGCUAGCAAUACAAAUCACGCACUUAAUCAGCUGGGUGGCAGUGGCAACAGUGGAAAACAUCACUGUGAGCAUAAUAAUGAAUCUAGGCUCGAGAGCCCACAGACUACUAAAGAAGACGAUAUGGCAACUCGAGAGGCUGACAGGCCACCCGACACUGACGAUUGUUAUCCAUUAUCUGGGCAAAAAGAAGCCUCCACGGCUGAAUAUGUCAAUAAUGAACCAACGCAGGAUGGCCAUGCAGUCCAGCGAGGCCUAAAGCGGAAUCUUAUAGGUAACGAUGAGUUGAUCGCACAUAGCGAUAUGGACACAAGAAAAAAUCCAAACCCGAAAAGGGUUAGGUUAUGUCAGACACAAAUACUUAAUUCCAAAGACGACGGAUCAGCAAUCUCAGAAUCUGCAGACGUUAGACCACUACGAAUACAGAACGGUACAUUAGAGUGCAUAACUGAAAUCGGGCAACAUUUAGCAUUUUCCCUGAAAAGUUCUACAAUAAAUGCUACAAUGAUAAACGGGCAUAUACGCUAUAGCUUGGAAUUUUCGGAUAAUCUAGGCGCAAUUGACAGUGGUACAGUGGCAAACCCGCCUAAGCGCCGUCGCCUGCCUUUUACGCAGGAAGAAAACAACUGUAUAGUUGGGCUCAGAAGAGAUGAUAAACUCUCAUGGACACAAAUUUGUGACAAAUAUAAUGAGACAUUUCCAAUGCGGACAAGGAAAAAGACAGUUAUUAAAACGCAUUAUGGAAAUCUCUUGUCUAAAACGUCCACAACUAGAAGGAACCCUACUAGAAGAAAUUUCAAGCGGAAAUCGAUCAUGUACAAGGAAGACGAAUCCGAAGAUCUCGAGGAACUAGAAGAUACCGAUUCAGAAAGUUUCACGGUAAAUAACAUACUUGGUAAGUCGCCUGGCGAAUAUCUUGGUAGAGAGGCAGGAGAGUAUUUCUUCAUAGAGUGGUAUGAUCUCUCAACUGGGUGGGAGCCAAGGAAGAAUGUUAAUAAGGAGAUGAUUAAGGAAUUUGAAAAAGAUUACAAAGGAUUUUACCAAAGAGCUAGUAUCCUGGAUUCACGAGGCGAGGCUGGUUAUAUGGAGUACCUCUUACGCUGGGAUGGCUGCAAAGCAAAGGAUAAUUGGUUUCCUGAGAGGCAUCUAAGCCCUAUGCUUAUAAGGCAGUAUGAAGAAUGCGAGUCAAAAUAA